AAAGAAGAUAAAAUACCCACCAACUCCCAAGCAAAAUGUAGUCACCUCCUCCUGGCUUUACAAACCAUGAAACCAUUCUUCCCAACUGAUGGCAUUGCUCACCCUCGCAAGGAGGCUCCAACAAACACAUUCUCAGCUUUUCCUCCGCUCCAUUCUAAGCUCAGUCGUUCACCAACCCAUUACACCUUCGUCGUCCUUCCAAAGUCUAGCACUUUGUUUCAUUCAGCCAUUUUAUCAAACACGUACCAGUCCCUUUCACAUCAUCCCACACAACCACAAUUUCUCCACACUCCCACCCUCUCACAACAAGAACAUCUAUAAGAUAAUCAAUUUUAGUCAAUAUAUAGACGAAACCCGUGAACGGAACCAAACAGGUGUUCUUGAAUUCGUUGAAUUACUCAAAGGAAAUGCUUCGAAUGUUCCUUCAAAAGGAGAAGAAGCCGUGGCUUUUCUUGACAAUUUGGGUGUCAAACCCAAUAAAAGUUUGGUUUACUCUGCAAUAUGGGUUUUGAGAGACGAAUGGAAGNCCAAUGUUCCUUCAAAAGGAGAAGAAGCCGUGGCUUUUCUUGACAAUUUGGGUGUCGAACCCAAUAAAAGUUUGGUUUACUCUGCAAUAUGGGUUUUGAGAGACGAAUGGAAGCUGGCAUUUUUGGUAUACAAAUGGGGUGAGAAAUGGGGUUGUAAUGUUGAGAAAACUUGGUGUUUGAUGAUAUGGGUAUUGGGUAACCAUAAAAAGUUCAAUACUGCUUGGUGUUUAAUUCGGGACUUGCACUUGGCUUCAACGGAUACUCAGCAAGCAAUGCUCAUAAUGAUUGAUAGAUAUGCAGCUGCAAAUGAUCCAGGCAAAGCGAUUCAAGCAUUCCAGACAAUGGAGAAGUUUAGAUUGUCGCCUGAUCAGAAAGCAUUCUACACACUUUUGAAUAUUCUUUGUAAACAUGGCAACAUUGAAGAGGCUGAAGAAUUUAUGCUUCUGAAUAAGAAGCUAUUCCCGUGGGAAACUGAGGGAUUUAACAUAAUUCUGAAUGGAUGGUGUAAUAUAUCUGUGGAUGUAUUCGAAGCCAAGAGAAUUUGGAGAGAAAUGUCAAAAUGCUGUAUUAUGCCAAAUGCAACUUCUUAUGCAUACAUGAUUUCAUGCUUCUCAAAAGUCGGGAAUCUGUUUGACUCUCUCAGGCUGUAUGAUGAAAUGAAGAAAAGAGGUUGGGUCCCCGGCCAGGAGGUUUACAACUCUUUGACAUAUAUACUGACUCGUGACAACUGCCUAGAGGAGGCUCUCAAAACUGUGGACAGAAUGAAAGAAACCGGUCUUCAACCUGAUUCUGUCACAUACAACUCCAUAAUACGCCCCCUUUGUGAAGCAUCAAAGUUAAAGGAAGCAAGAACUAUAUUGGCCACAAUGAUAGGAGAAAAUGUUAGCCCAACCAUUGAGACAUACCAUGCAUUUCUUGAGGAUGCAAGUUUCGAAGGAACUUUAGAAGUUCUUAACCAUAUGAAGAAAGCUGGACUUGGUCCAAGCAGGGAUACCUUUCUUCUAAUCCUUGGUAAGUUCCUCAAAUUGGAGCAACCUGAACAUGCAUUGAGGAUUUGGGUGGAAAUGAAGCAAUAUGAAGUAGUGCCCGAUUCUGCACAUUUUGCUGCACUGGUGGAGGGCCUAGCAAUGUGUGGGUUGUUGAUCAAGGCUAGACAAUUCUAUGCUGAGAUGAGAUCAUAUGGAAUUCCAAACGAUCCAAAGCUCAAGAAGCUCUUAAAGGAGGAAUCAUUACAAGGGCUUCGUCACCAAAGAGAAAAACAGGGGCGGAUGAGAAUUGUGAGACACAUCACGAAAGGUAUCUCAGUAUGUCAUGAAAAAAGCAAAGGGAUUAGAGAUACCAUAGGUGUUAAGCGGUCAAGAAAUAAGACAAGCGGAACUUAGAACUCUUGACUGGAUAUUUAAAAGCUCGAAAGAUCACCUGUUGCCAGCUUGGAAUUGCCACUACUGCUUAUACCAUGAUAAUGAAAGCAUUGGGAUAGCCUUUGAAGGGACUACAAAAAGGUGUUGUGCAUAAAACCUUGUGGCUACCAGCAACAUCAGUCGGAUCAUAUCUGGAGCAAGAAGUUACGACCAUGCCGAUGCUUCAGUGUAGUGUCCUGGGGAUUCCACAGUGCUAAUACAAGGAACCAAUCAACUCACAGACCAAGGCUGAGAAAAGGGUUUAUUUAGCUGCUGUAACUGAUGUGAUGUACUUAUAGUUAUUUGUGGGGGAUGAUUCAAAGCCAAUGGAUGCCUUGAUGAAUCUAGUUUAUUGUUCCUAGGUUGCCAAAUGCAGGCACAUAAGCUAUUUCAGGUAGUUUCUAUGUAAA